AUGUCUGAAACUGUCAGUUAUAAAAAUAUUAGAUUUGAUAUAAUAUUCCCCGAAUGUAGAAUCGAUUUCAAUAAAACUAUAACUGAUUGGAGUAAUUUUAAUAAUAUCAGAGCUGAAUUAUAUGCACUCUGUAAUGAUUUUUUAAAGACUUUUGUGAAAUAUGAGCAAAUGCAUAAUUUUACAUUACAAACCAGUUGUACUGGUCUUGGUCUUUUUUUAUAUUAUAUAGCAUAUAAAAAUAAAUCUAAUGCUAGUUAUAAAGAAUUAGCUUGUAAAUAUUUCAAUUACAAGUUACAAGACAUGUUAAAGAAUUAUGAAUUUAUAGACAAUGACCCCAAAACAGGCUACAAUAAUUUGAAACAAUAUUGGGCCAAGCUGACUAAAAAUGAUACAAGUUUUCUUGAUAUAUGUAAUAAUGUGCUUCAUAAUCUUGAAGCGAGCGCAUUUGAUAUAUUUAAGUAUUUUGAUAAACUAUAUUUUUUUUUACCAUUAAUAAAGAACGAUAAUCUUUGCUCAGAAAAUGCAGGAAAAUUUAAAGGUUAUGUGAAUAAUUUAAAAGUAUAUGUAUCCGAGAACAAUAGUAUACGUACUUUACUAAAUAAUUUAAUAAGAGACUAUAAUGGAAGAAUUCAUAAAAGUGCAUUAUGUGAUAAUGAUUUAUCUCUGGUAGAAAUAUCUGUGACUGAAAGUUCUGAGCGUGAAAUAUCUGUUCCUGAAAUAUCUGUUCCUGAAAUAUCUGUACCAAAAUCUUCUCCGAAAGGAAAUGGAAUAAAAGAUAACAUGAUGAUACAAGCAAUCCAAAUAAAACACUCGGGCUUAUCAAUAGGAAUAUGGGUAGGAAUUGUAGUUUUUUCUUCAGCAAUUUUAAUAAUGGCUUAUAUUAUAUAUAAGUAUACGCGAAAUGCUUUAUUUAUACGACGAAGGGUGAAGAAAUUAAAGAAAUUGUUGAAUAUAAACAUUGAAAAUCGUAAUAAUGUAAUGGGCUCAUCUGAAGAAAUAUAUAAAAAUAGAAUUAAUAUGCAAUAUAAAAUAGCUUACGUUUAA